AUGUCUCACGAAGAAGGAAUUAGUGUGAAAGACACUCACCAGUCUGAUUCCACAGACGAUUACAAUGCAGGCCACUUUGGUCCUCUUGCCCACGUCAACACUGCCUCCAGUCGGUACCCAGCUUUCGGCGGUGAUCUCCAACCCGGUCUGUAUCGCGUGCCCAAGGAUCGCAAGCUCGCCAAUCCCGCGCCAUUGGGUCUUUGCGGCUUCGCAUUGACUACAUUCAUUCUGGGAUGUAUCAACAUGCAAGUUCGCGGUGUGACUGAGCCCAAUAUCAUCGUGGGACCUGCCUUGGCUUAUGGUGGAUUUGUCCAGCUAUGCGCCGGCAUGUGGGAAAUGGCCGUCGGAAAUACCUUCGGAGCCACGGUGCUCUCUUCCUACGGUGGAUUCUGGAUUUCUCUGGCCAUCACAUUCAUCCCCGGCGGUUUCAACAUUAUGGGCGCCCUGGAGAAAGCGGAUAACGGCGAACCAACAAUGUUCUACAAUUCGUUCGCGCUAUACCUCUUUGGCUGGUUCAUCUUUACCACGUUGAUCACCCUACUCACCCUCAAAUCGACCGUGGCAUUCUUCUCCCUCUUCUUCUUUGUCGAUAUCGCCAUUCUGCUCCUUGCUCUCGGAUAUCUCCUCCAGGUGGAUGGAAUGCCCAAUGAGAAACUGCUCAAAGCCGGUGGACUUUUUGCGAUACUGGGUGCUUUCUUAGCUUGGUAUAAUGCCUUUGCGGGUAUAGCUGAUAACAGCAACAGCUUCUUCCUGCCACCCGUUGUGCACUUCCCCUGGUCUGAGAAGAAGCGCUCCUCCAAGCGUGCCACUGAGGGUGAGGUUUAA